CCAAAAUGUAUAUGAUCGGGAAAAAUUAUCGGGAAUGACUGGAAUUGAAUCGGGAGCAAAAAAACAUGAUCGGAACAACCCUAGUUCAAAGCCUUUCAAAAAUGUAUAUUAAAGCCUGUUUUGAGCCUUUGAUUUUUUGGGGGGUGGAAAAUAUUCAUUUUUGGGGGGCGUUUUGUUUUCCGUCGUUUUUGUUUUCACAGAGACACAUUUGUAUUUUCAUGUGAAUUUAAUUUAGUUUGUCUGUAGUACACAUCUAAGCCAUAUUAACUGGGAUAGUUGACAACAAAUGUACAGCCCUCCCAUUUCAAAUGGAUUGGACAUCUAUUGCAGCUAAUAAGGUAGCUUUACCUGGAAAGGUUUUGCUGUACUUCAAUUCAGGUUACUCCUAAAAUCAUUACCAACUUAUAGUAAUCAGUAUAUCAUUCUGUGAAUUUUGUUUGGAAUGUAAAAAUCACAAUAACUCUCUUUGAAGUAGAGGAAUACAGCACUCUCCUCUUUAAAUGUGAUAAUGGGAGGGGGAAGGCAGGGGAGGAGUUUCUCUGGUGUGCUGCUGUUUCAAGUGAGGGCAAACCAUCUCAUUCUUCUGGACUACAAACAGGUCCGUACCAUCCCACUCCACCAGGGUUGAUAGGUGUUUGCAAAUCAGGUGUGUUUUUCCGGAAAGGCCACUUUUGAAGAAGUAAAGAUGGAGCGGAUGGAGGAUGAUAAGCCCAAGCAGAAGAAAGUCACCUUCUACCUGCUGUACUGCGUGUCCACUGCAGUCAUCGGCUCGCUGCAGUUUGGGUACAACACCGGGGUCAUCAAUGCACCCGAACAGAAACUGCGUCAAUUUUUCUACAAUGUGUCUCUGGAACGCUUCGACAAUCCCUUCACCCCGGGAAUCACCACAAUUGUGUGGAGUUUUGCCGUGGCCAUCUUCAGCGUCGGCGGCAUGCUGGGCUCCUUCAGCGUGGGUGUCGUCGUCAACAAGUUCGGCAGGAGGAAGUCUAUGCUUCUGGCCAACGUGUUGGCCCUGGUGGGUGGCGGUCUGAUGGGACUGUCCAGCCUGAGUCGCUCCUUCGAGAUGGUUAUCGUCGGACGGUUGAUCAUCGGCAUCUUCUGCGGUUUGUGUACGGGACUGACGCCAAUGUACGUUGGGGAGAUUGCCCCCACGGCUCUUCGGGGAGCUUUCGGGACCUUGCACCAACUUGGCGUGGUGAUUGGAAUCCUGGUGGCGCAGAUCUUUGGUUUGGAGUCUCUUCUGGGCUCGGAUACUCUAUGGCCCAUCCUCCUCGCCCUGACUGCUCUGCCUGCAAUCCUGCAAAGCAUCAUGCUACCCUUUUGCCCCGAAAGCCCCCGAUACCUCCUCAUUGUCCUCAAUCAGGAGGACGAAGCCAGGAAAGCUCUGGUACGUCUCCGUGGCUGUGAGGAUGUGAGUGAAGAUAUCAAUGAGAUGAAGGAAGAAGGGAUGAAGAUGGCCAUGGAGAAGAAAGUUACCAUCUUGGAGCUCUUCCGCGCUCGCAACUACCGCCAGCCUAUCAUUAUCGCUAUUGUGCUGCAGUUGUCUCAGCAGCUGUCGGGCAUCAACGCCGUAUUUUACUACUCCACGGGUAUCUUUAAAACAGCUGGGGUAACUCAACCCAUCUACGCCACUAUUGGUGCCGGAGUGGUCAACACUGUGUUCACUGUCGUAUCCCUCUUCCUGGUUGAAAAGGCAGGCCGAAGGACGUUACACCUGAUAGGAUUGGGUGGAAUGGCCAUUUCUGCUCUCGUUAUGACCAUCUCCCUCUCUCUGGUGAAAUCAACCCCGUCUCUGAGCUACUUGGCCAUCGUGGCAGUGUUUGCCUUCGUUGCCAGUUUUGAGAUGGGCCCCGGUCCGAUCCCUUGGUUCAUCGUGGCCGAGCUGUUCUCCCAGGGGCCUCGACCAGCCGCCAUGGCCGUUUCGGGUUUCUCCAACUGGACCGCCAACUUCAUCGUUGGCCUCAGUUUCCCUAAACUGGAGGAAGUCUGCGGUCCUUAUGUGUUCAUUAUCUUCAUGGUAUUGCUCAUCAUCUUUUUCAUCUUCACCUUCCUGCGAGUCCCCGAGACCAAAGGAAGGACCUUUGACGACAUCGCUCAAGCGUUCGCCGCCAACGCCGCCAAGUCCUCCGGCUCCCCCUUGCCCGAAGCGGCGGUGGUGGACCUGCCCGGCAGCAAAGAACCUCAACCCAUGUCCCCGUCGGAAAAAGUCCCCAUGGUGGAUCUUCCUGAGGACCAUCCGUGAAAGAAGUCAUUUGAUGAGGGCGUGGUUAGAAAAGGUCAGUGUGAUAUUGUCACAUAUGAGACUUUGUAGUACAAAACAAAUCACAUUAAACAGGGUAUUUUUUUCCCCGCUUAGAAAUACCAAAAUAAUUAACCGAGGUCCUUGUAAGCCUGCUUAAAAGUUUGUUGACAUUCCUUGCAUACUGCCUCCUUUUUAAGAGGAUCAACUUGUGUUCAGUGUUAAGACCCCCCUGGCCAUCAGCUGCCUUAAAAGGUUGCCGGAUUUGAGCUUUCAGAUAUUGAGGUCAAGCUCGGGAAAAGCUAGUCUGACCCCAAAAACACUGUUGGUGCGGGUUCCCCUUCAAUCUCCAGGUCAUUUGUCGCAUCCUGCAGCAAAGGAACUUUCUCAUGUGUGUUUUUGUAUAUACUCUAUGUGGCUGUGUGUGUGUGUUUUGAACUUGGCUGCUCAAGAAGAAACUCAAGUUGUGUGGACGUCUACUGCAGAUGAGAAACUUGAUUGUACAACAAUGAUGUGUACUAUAGAAGAGUUCCAAAAGAUCGAUUAUUACUUGCAUCGCGAUUCAACAUGUGACGAUUCAAUUACGAUUCAUAAAGGUUAAUAAAACGAUGAUUUUCCCUCAUAACUUUAUGGCAGCUACUCGGAACAGAACGAAAUUCAAGACACGUCUGUCGCCCGGGCACUGUUAACGGGCACACCUACGUUAUGAUGGAUGCUGCCUGAGAAAGAGAUUCACUCCUUUUUAAAAGACUGGAAAAUAAAUUUGUGUAUGAGACACGCAGGUACAGAAGCGCGACCCGGCGUUUUGUGCACAAGUUAUUUUUUAGAGCAAGAGGGGACGAGAGAUACUUCGUUGCUCCUUGUCUUUUAGAUGUCCAGCAGUAGCAUUUCAAUUGAAAAAUGUCCUGAGUGUGUUGCUAAGACCCGUGUGCACCUAUAAGAGGUGAGUACACGAACCUUCUUCUACUGUUUAGCCUUUAUUGUUGUUGUUUUUGAGAUGUUACUAGUUAGCACCGGGCGCUAAGCUAAUUAGCUAAUUCACUAAUGUGUAUUUCAUAUGCAGAACGUGUAAAACCAUGAUUAAGUACAGCAGUAACACUACAAACAUGCGAAAUAGUACAGAAAUCUGUGAAAACAAAGUAGGCUAUAUUGGUUAAAGGAAGUCUUAUUUCUAAAGACACUUUGUUUCCAGAAAAUGUGGAAUUCAUUCCACCUGUGUAAAUUUUAUUGUAUUGUUGAGAGAAAUAAGCACUCCCUUUAAAAUGGUUGAUGUUUUUGCACUUUCUUGUUAAAAAUAAAUAAAUAAAUAAAUAAAUAAAUAAAACAGCAGCUUAAGGGCAGCUUUUUGUUGUAUGGGCAUGUUUCCAUCGUUCCUGUUGAAUCAUUAGGAUAUUUUAAAUAAAUAAUGGACAUAAAUUUGUUUGGCUACUGUAUUAAUUAGUAAUGCACGAUACAUUGAUAAUCGUGAUAAUCGCGACAACCGUGAUCAUCGUUCAAUAAUCGAAUCGUAGCACCCUGAAUUGUAAUCGAAUCGUAUCGUGGGGUGCCUAAGAUGGUACACCCCUAGUGUACUAGUUGUUUUCAGCUAUUCGCUGACAGUUUGUAUUGAAUCUGUUUGCAGUUUUUCCCAGUCAAAAAAAGGAGAAUGAUUGUUUUCGAAUGCAUUCCAUUUGCCGUUUUUUGUGCUCGGGCCAAAGCAGUAACAGUAUCGUUUUAGCGCCACCUGGUGGCCUCAUGGAGCUUUAGUGAGUUGUGGAGCUUCAUUUAGACACAUGUCUAAUACCACCAAAUAUAUGUAGACUGGUUGGGCAAACCAUAAUACGUGGGUUAUUCCCAGAGGUGGGUAGAGUAGCCAAAAAUUUUACUCAAGUGAGAGUAGCGUUACUUCAAAAUAAUAUUACCCGUGUAAAAGUAAAAGUAGUCGUUCAAAAAAUGUACUCAAUUACAAGUAAACAAGUAUUUGGUAAAAAGAAUGCUCAAGUAAAGAGUAACAUUGUGAGUAACUGCUCAUUUUUUUGUUGGAUUUUUUGUGUGUGUUUUUUUUUUAAAACAAUGGUAUAUUUUUCUGAGCACAAAUUUUUCUAUAUGGACUGUUGUUAUAAUGAUACUGUAAAAUAACCCAUGACUUAACCACAUUAAGUCAAGGAAAUACGAAAAAAGAAAAAAAUAAAUCAAUGAAUCCCGACGAGAGAAAAAACAAAACAAAA